GACUGGGGAGGGAUUAAGACACACGAGUGGACAGGGAAUCACGUGUUCGGACAUCCGUACAAAUGCGAUGUCACGGAAUGCCUGUACGAGACCUACUCGGGCGACGAACUGGUGGAGCAUAUCGAGAGCCACGGCUCGAUCUACCCGUGCGAGUCGGUCGGCUGUUCGGCCACUUUUAGCACAGCUGACGAUAUGGCCGCACAUAUGGCAACACACGAUCAGGAGCUUAGGGUCCGGUGCCGGUGGCCCGGCUGUAAUAAAUCGUAUAGAAGUACGUAUCACAUGAAUAAACACAUGGAUACGCAUUCGCGAGAGACUGUCUACCGGUGCCAGUGGUCCGGCUGUGAGAAGGCGUUUGCGAAUAAGAGGAGUGUCAGGGAUCACGAGCGCCGCCAUAAGGGUGUGAAGUCUGGUAGGUAUCGGUGCCAUUGGCCGCAGUGUGAGUACAGGUCCAGCAAUGCCGACACAUUUAGGAGACAUUUCGAGUCACAUAAGAAUGAAGCAAAGAGUCAGCAACGAGUGGACAGACAUGCGAAGGGCCGUAAGGUUAAGGAAACAUUCGGUGCCACAUAUUUCCAGUACUGUCCCCUAAAGCUAACGGCCCAGGAGUCGGCACAGUUACUCUCAACAGUGGCCACGGCGUUCACUGUGGGCCGGGGGCUCAGUGUACUUAUGGCCCUACGAUUCAAACCCCAGCAAAUGAUUGGCUAUCACUUUGCUAUACUAAUCAUCGCCGCUAUUACCCUAUAUGCGGGUCAAUAUAAUCUAACGGUGCUGUGGGUGUCGACAAUUAUGGCAGGUCUAGGACUGUCAGCCAUGUGUCCGGCAAUGUUCGCAUACCUGGAGCAGUACCUGUCCAUCACUAACCCUAUCGGCGUUUUUGUGGAGAGAUAUUCGUGGGUUGUGUUGAUGUUUGAGUCCAUUUAUGUCGGCACCUGUUUGUUGCUAUUCGUGUCGUUCAUAAUUUUAGUGGACAGAUUAUAG